UCCGCAGCCGUGGCUGGCUGGAUUACACACCUGCUCUGAUGCCGAACCUACGGUUAGACCAGCUGAACGACUGCUACGAGUUGGUUGCGCUUGCGCUCAGGGAACCGAGCCUAACGCAGCCAGCUAUGGAUGACCACGGGAUCGAUCGUUGCUUUAACAAAGCCUUUCUCCGUUAUGAAUCAAUACUGAAACAAGAAUUCGAUGAAAUCCCUUCAGCCCAAACGCUUGUAAACUUAGAACAACUCCACGCCGAUGCACUGACCGAUUCACUCGAAGAGCUGGAGAGGCUACAUCCUGGCUGUGAUCAAACACUGGGAAAGAUUAAGCAACAUCGUACCGAGCUGAUCGGCCAAGCGCAAAAAGCUUACGAAACCAGACGGCGGAAGUUUGCGAAGGCGGGUUUAAGAGAAGAACACAAAGGGAUGUCGGAACAGCGAAAACUAGCAGUAAUUCGUGCACAACCAUUACGGCAAACUGGGAAUAUCCCCAAUCCUCGGCUGGAAAUACUAGAAGAAGCAAGAAAAGUUAGCACGAAAUU